UCGAUAUUUUCGAUACGUCGAUGUUUUCCGACAUCCCUAUGGCAGGGGAAAUUAGAAAUUCUACAAAGAUGUAUAGCGUAUUUAUUGCUAUUGCGACUCUAAAAACUAUUAAAUAAGGAAAAAAUAAGUUAUUUUUAUUCUUAUCCAGUUCGUAAGUGAAUAAGAAGCCGCAAAAUGGGGAAGGGUUUUAACAACUAUAUGUGUAAGAAGUUUUUCCAUCCAGCCUCGAGAGACAAUCUAAAGAGGGUUUGGAUGGCCGAGCAGCAAGCGGAGGCUUACAAGAAGAAACAGGAGGAGCUACGAAAUCAGUACGAAAAGGAACAAAACUUGCAUGAAAACAAAGCGAUGCUAAGCAAGGAUAGCAAGGACAAGCUAAGCGUGAACUUCAUGUACGAACCGCCUCCUGGCGUACGAAAGGAGCGUGAAAAAGACGACACGGAGCCAGAGUAUAAAUUUGAGUGGCAACGGAAGUUCAACGCGCCCCGCGAAUCAUACUGCAAAGGCGACACCGAGAUUCGUGAUCAGCCCUUUGGUAUCCAAGUGCGCAAUGUUCGAUGCAUUAAAUGUCACAAAUGGGGUCACAUUAAUACCGACAAAGAGUGCAGCAUGUAUAGUAUUUCGAUGAGCGAAGCCCGCAAACUGCACUCGGAAGCUGAGGCCAGCGAGAUGAUGGCAAAGAAUGUGCUCGAGGAACAGAUGAAAGAAGAUGGCCUGGUAAUGAAACGAUCCGCCAUGGAGCUACAAAACAUCAAGCAAAUUAAUCAACAGCACAGACUGGUGCCUAGUGAUGACGAAGAGGGUGAAAAGAAGGGAGGCAAGCGUAAUGGAAAUACUGAAAUGGCUUUUUUAAAGUCGUUAAGCAAGGAACAGAAAUUGGAACUGUUGAAGAAGUUAGAAAAGAUUGAGAAACUAAAAAAGAAAAAGGAAAAACGCAAAUUGAAGAAAGAAAAGUAUGAGAAGAGCAAAAAAGAAAAGAAAUCAAAGAAAAGCCGUUCGAAAAAGUCGAGCAGUAGCAGUGGAAAUUACUCUGACGAAAGUGAAGAGCAUAGUUCCAAAAAGGAAAAGCGGAAGUCGGCACAAAAGAAAACCAAAGGUGAUCGGAAAAAGAGCAGACGUGCAGAUUCGAGCGACGAGUCGAGUUCCUCUAGUGAUUCUUCCAAUUCAAGUUCAGAAUCUGAUGCAGAGUCUUUUAAAAAUAUACGUGGUUAUGAUAAGAAUGGAUAUAGACACAAAAGCUCAACAGAUGUGAAACGGCACCAUCGCAGCCAAUCACGCGAUGAUGGCAGAAAUCGUGGACGGGAUGACCGACGAAAGAGCCCCACAAGAUGUGAACGAAGGGAAAGUAGUCGUUCGAGGGAAACACGCAGGGAACGCAACUACUCCAGAGACCGGCGAAAUCGCAAUUCUUCAAAUGAACGGGGCCAGAUGCAUUCAAAAGAUCAACGACGAGGCCGGAGCCGCUCAAGGGAUAGACGUCGUGAGCGCAGUCGUUAAAUGGCCACUUGUUAACGACAAAAUUUUAAUAAUGUUUUUGUAACCAUAUCUGUAACUAUAUAUAUAUAUGUGGAUGAUGCAUUUAAGAAAAAUAUAGAACGAACUCGUAAACGGAGUCAGAUCAUGA